AUGAGUAAGCACCCUAUGUCUAUGAGUUUUGAAAAUGACCUUGGGGCUGUGGUGCAAAUUGAAAACUCUCAAAUGUUACAGAAGGCAGAUAUUUUCUUAUCAAAUGCUGUACCUUAUAUAGAGAUCCCUCAUGCGAAACUUAAUUCGAACCAAGGGCAUGAUGCCUCACCAGAUAUGCUCGUUGAAAAUGGUGCAUAUAAUUACAAAGGCAAGGAUAAGGGUGCAUCUGGAUACCAUGUCUCUAUCAGCCAAAAUGUUCGGCCAUCUUAUUUGUCAAAUUCAACCAACCAGGCAAGUGGAGAGUCCAAAGAUUGCUUGAUCGAGAAAGUUGGAAGGGCAGAUUCAACCUGCAUUGUCCUUGACGAAAAAAAGCAACUUAAACAUGCAUACAAUCUGUCUUGCGACAGGAGAGACUUGGAUGGGAGUCUACCUCAAGGAGGGAAUGAUGGAACGGCAGAUUCAACCUGCAUUGUCCUUGAUGAAAGAAGGAGACUUCCUCUUCGGGAGACUCAAAUUUUCUCGUUCCUGGAUGGUGAAGUUUCUACUAAACGUGAGCACAAUUUGUCUUGUGACAAGAGAGACUUGGACAGGAGUCCACUUCAUGGAGAAAAUGGAUUAUUAACAUGUAAUUCAUUUGGGUCUUUGCACUGUGAAGAUGAAAUUAUCAAUAUUUCAAGUGCUCCUCAAAUCACGAAGAAGCACUCACCACCUGAAAGAAGAUUCAGGCCUGCCAAAGAGCGCUCAUGGCCACAGAUUAAGAGAAGAAAGAUUGAAGAUCGGCAAACUAAUAGUUUUACCACUUCCCCAAGUUUUAGGGUACAAAAGCCUAACUGCAUUCAACCGGACUCUACAACUUCAUGUUUGAAGAAUGCUGAAACCAAAGGUGAUGCUGUCUUGGCGGAUGCAUUUAACGAAGACAGGAAUUUGAUGGAAGUCAUUGAGUCGGCACCUGAGUCUCAUAAUAUCAAGGGCACAUGUUAUUUUGAAGAGGAGAGUAAACGUAGAAAGUCCUCCUUUGCUAUCGAUCACAAACAGUUAGGGGCAUCCCUUGUCUUGAGUUCAACUGAAGAUGAUGCUAGAGGCACAAGAGGAUGCUUGGCUAAGGAAGUGAGAACUCCAUCUCUGGGUAGCAACUUUUUAGAUGUAACGAAACCCCAUGAUGAACAAAGUAGACAACACUUGUUACCUCUUGAUAACAAUUUUGAUCUGCCAAAUUCUGCAAAUUUGGCUUGUUUUGAGAACACCCUUCCUGAAGGAAAUUCCCAUCAGGGAGAGGACAGGCUACUUUCACAAUGCUCAGUUCCUUCUCCUAAUGAUAAAGACCUGGACUUUGUUGAUGUCGAUCAAACUAUGCCUGUGUUGGAGGGAUUUAUUGUAGAUGCACAAGAAGAUAAGGGAGAAGUGAACAUUGCUGGUGAUGGAAUAGACUUCGACAAACUGAACCUCUCUAGGACUACAAUUGAACGUGCCAGUAUUCUGGCACAUAUAUGCAAAUCUGCUAGCACAGAUACACGUUUGUCCCACUUCUCAUCUUGUUUCAAGUUUCAGGGAACCCAAGAUUUAUUUCAAUCUGAACCCAGUGGCCUUAUUGAGCGGUUGGGCACUUUACCUUUGAAUAUAAAUGUUGACGAACAGUUUGGAUUUGAUGACAGUGUUGUGAAUGCAUCUAAAGUGAUGCCAUAUUCUGAUUUUCUACCAUAUUCUGGUGCACGAUUUGGUUGGCAUUCAGGAAAUCAUUAUGCAUCUCCUGCUGGGAAGCUAUGGGAAAGAUUGUCGUCACACUCAGGAAAUUCGGAGAAAAGUUUGAGUUCAAAUCCGGAGCUAACAUGCUUCCCAAUUGAGGAGGAUUUCAGUGUAAGUGAAGAGAAUAAGACUCUGGAUGAGGAGGCAGAUGAAGUCCAAGAAGAGAUUGAUUCAUCAGACAAUAGUCAUUAUGCUCAAAGAGAACCACUAAAAGAUUUUACAAAUUCAAGUCUAAAUUCUGCAGUCGAGAUGUCUCUGAGCAGAGAUAGUGUGGAUUAUUUUAACACAAAACCCAGCUUCACUGGGAUUCAAAAUAAGGUCAAACAAAAAUCUGAAAGUCUCUUAAGAAAUAACAGUGAGGCAAAGGAAAACCAGAUGUUAUCCAUAGGAGCAAAUAAAAUCAGGAAGGCCAAGGAAUCAUUUAAAAAAAGUCUCAACAAAACAAAUUUACCACGCAGAACCAGUUUGAGGCAAGAACAAAAGUUUUCAUUGAAGGAGUCUAAGAGAAACAACAUUGUUUCAAAUGUCUCUUCAUUUAUCCCGCUGGUACGACAAAAACAAGCUGCUGCAGUAUGUGCAGGAAAGAGAGACAUCAAGGUGAAGGCUCUAGAAGCUGCAGAGGCUGCAAAGCUUUUGGAAGAAAAAAGAGAGAAUGAACGCAAGGUAAGAAAAGAAGCACUGAAAGUCGAGCGAGCAAAGAUGGAGAAAGAAAAUAUGAGACAAAAGGAGUUGGACAAGAAAAAAAGAGAAGAGGAAAGGAAGAGAAAAGAUGCUGAUAUGCAAGCAAAGAAAAGGCUGAGAGAGGAAGAGGAGAGGAAGCAGAAGGAGAAGAAAAGAAUGCGCAUUGAAGUAAGGCAAAGACAGCAGAGAGAACAAGAAGAAAAAAUGUGUGCUGAGAAAGCAAAGAAAGAAAAACAGCAUUUCAAAGUUCAUGAACAAGUGAACAGCAAUAAGGAGACUAACAAUGAAUUCAGAAGGCAACAAAACCGGGAUAAAGCUGGAGAUGAUGCUGCUUUCAAAGAAACAGAGACUAAAUCUGUACCAUCUGGACUUGCAAUGGAUGGUGUCCAGCAAACUAUCAUUCAUUUUGAAGAAUGUGGCGCUUCUUGUGAAAUUGGAAAGGCAACGAAUGUGGUGAAUAACUCAAGCAUAAAUGAUGACAUGUUUGUCCAAAAGUGUCUAGAGAAGUCGUACGAUAUUUCUCCAUAUCAGUGCUCUGAUGAUGAAGAUGAAGAAGAUGACUUACCCUCUAGAAAAUUAAUACCAUACUGGGCCAGUAAAAGCUCUGUGGCUGUAGUUUUACCCUUGCAGCAAGAAAUGGACCCUGAUGUUAUAUUUCCCCAGGGAAGCUUUUGUAGCAUGGAUGAAGUUCUCCUUCCCCGAAAGCUUCAACAAAAUUAA